ACAAGACUGCGAGAUCGGAGAGGUUUCGAGGAAUUUGGAGGAAGUGAAGCCAAGGUUCGGGUUCUGUCGAGCUCUUGGAAUGAUCUCAAAAGCAUGGGAACUUCUGUCAUGUUUCUAUUAAAGCUCACUAUUCCUCAAACCACACCUUCAGAAUGGAGCAGGUUCUAUGCAUCAGCCAAUAUUGUUCUCUGCCCCCUAGCUCUUUUAUAUGCUUGCAAUUCAUUCAUGCCAUUUGAUCAUCCAAUUGUUUUUCUCCCUCCCCAAACCCAUUUCCCUCUCUGGUUUAUAUUACUAUUUGCUAGCUCCUCGCUUGCAGUGCUUCACUUCAUAAUAGAAAAAGAGCCCCCAAAAACUGAGCAGAUACCUAUGCCGCUCAUAGCAUUUGUCAUGAGUGUGUUCUGGAUAUCCACUAUUGCUGGGGAAUUGCUGAACUGCCUUGAAGCACUUGGAUCACUUCUUGAAUUGCCGCCAGCAUUUCUUGGGCUCACAGUACUUGCAUGGGGAAAUUCAGUGGGGGAUCUAGUUGCCGAUGUGGCAGUUGCCAAAGCUGGUCAGCCUGCAAUGGCCAUGGCUGGCUGCUUUGCUGGGCCAAUGUUUAACAUGCUUGUUGGGCUUGGAACAGCUUUGGUGAUACAAACUGCCGAUGUUUAUCCAAAUGCUUAUGAGCUCCAUUUUCAUUUGGGAAUUGUGACUGCAUUUGUCUUCCUGUUACUGAGCUUCAUGGGGUCUCUACUGGUGAUUAUUUGGUGCAGAUUCCGGGUGCCUGUACCUUCAUGCUCAUCUGAACAUGCCUUGGUUGGCUUUUCAAACUAG